AUGGCCAUUGAGCAGAUCCGCAGUAUCGUCAAGAACGACUCGCGCUUCGACAACGGCUACCAUUUCGUGGCUCCACGGCAGCACUCGCUACUGCAGCGAUACACACCCGUAGACUCGAUCGACGAGAUCGAAACCAAGUUCGAGGAGUUUGCAGUCACGGCCAUGGAGGAUACCGUCGAGUACAAGAACGACACGUAUGGUCUGGGUAUGCUGGAUGAACGUGGAGGCUCGUGCCGCACGGUCGUUGCCAAUAUCUCGCACAACUGCUGGAUUGUCGACGGCGUGCGCUUCGAUGCCGACGUCGAGUGUCCAGACUCGCCCAUCGUGAUCAAAGCUACCGAAAGGUUUAGAUUACGUCAUCGCAAAUCUCGUACCCUGCUGCUGCUGGACUUGACUUCACACGUGAUCAUUAUCCAAUCUGCCGCUAAGCUUUCAAGUGUAUUGCACCAUUACAACAAUGAGCCUCUCCUCCGACGCCACUUCCCCCUUAAAAAUGACCUACCACUUCCUAGGCGACUCCGGCCUCCUCGUAUCCAAACUCGGUUUGGGUACCUUCAUGAGUGA